CAUCAAAACUGGACACUAGUAUACGGAUAUGUCUUGGCUGAUUUGUUUUGGGCAAUUAGCUGGACAUGAGAGAGCUAUUUGGAGGGGCUAUAAUUUAUAGUAAAAAAGAGAGGCCAUGUCAUGUUUGCUGGUUUGACCCGUGAGCAGAUGAAGCCAUGGCUGCAUUGCCAACAAGGGCCACAGUUUCAGCUUCUUUUGUCUCUUAAUAAACCACUGUCUGUGUGUGCUGUUUCAAGCUUAAUUAAACACCUGGAGCAAGAUCCAAUCUCUCAAUUUCUUUCAACAGUUAUGUCUAUCAAGAUCUUGUAAUUGUUUAUAGAGUUUCCUAGAUAGAGAGAUUAAAGCAUUUACCAACCACCUCUACCAUUAUUGCACCUCCAACGCAGUGCACUGCUCUAAAAGACCACCACCAUGUUCCACUUCUCUUGAUCUCAUCUUCUCCUAGCUUUGAUUUUUGAUUCUCUAUCAGCUAUGGCUGGAAGAUCAUGUCUCUCGUUGUUGUUGUUGUUCUUGUUGUUGAUAUCUUUAGUAGUAGCAACAGUUGCUAAACAGACAUACAUAGUUCACAUGUCUAGAUCUCAAAUGCCAAGCACUUUCACUCAUCAUCUCCAGUGGUACAUCUCCACUCUCCAGUCCUUGAGUAGAGAAACAACUGAAGAAGGUGAUGAUGAAGCGAUCAUCUACAGCUAUGAAACGGCUUUCCAUGGCUUUGCUGCUAAGCUGAGUGAAAAGGAAGCAGAGGAGCUGGAGACCAGCCAUGGCGUCUUGGCGGUACUACCAGACACUGUCUACCACCUUCACACUACUCGGAGCCCAGAGUUCCUCGGACUUGAACCAGAGACGAGUAACAACGCCUGGUCAUCAACAGUGCGAGAUCACGACGUGAUCGUUGGCGUGCUCGACACUGGGAUAUGGCCGGAGAGUCCAAGCUUCAGUGACAGAGGAAUGGGACCGGUGCCGGCACGAUGGAAAGGAGCUUGCGAGACUGGUCGGGGAUUCACUACAAAGAACUGCAACAAAAAGAUCAUCGGCGCACGGAUCUUCUACCGUGGCUACGAGGCUUCAACGGGCGCUAUUGACGACAAGGACGAGUUUAAGUCACCGAGAGACCAAGACGGGCACGGGACGCACACGGCCGCAACAGCCACGGGUGUGCCCGUGUCGGGUGCCAACCUACUCGGCUACGCGCGUGGCACGGCACGCGGCAUGGCGCCGCGCGCGCGCGUCGCGGCGUACAAAGUUUGCUGGUCUGGUGGAUGUUUCAGCUCGGAUAUUCUCGCGGCUGUGGACCGCGCGGUGGCUGAUGGGGUUGAUGUUCUCUCGAUCUCGCUCGGUGGGGGAGUCUCGUCGUACUACCGUGAUAGCCUGUCCAUAGCCGCGUUUGGCGCGAUGGAGAUGGGAGUGUUCGUCGCGUGCUCGGCUGGGAACAGUGGUCCGGAUCCAAUUAGCCUCACCAAUGUCUCGCCGUGGAUUACCACGGUCGGGGCGAGCACUAUGGACAGGGAUUUCCCGGCGGUGGUGAAACUCGGCAAUGGGAUGAACAUCACCGGUGUUUCUCUCUACCGUGGUCGCCGGAAUCUGGUCGUCGGGAAACAGUAUCGUCUUGUUUCCAUGGGUAGUAACCUCACCACCCCUGAUCCGAGAUCUCUCUGUCUUGAAGGAACUCUAGAUCCUCACCUCGUCGCCGGGAAGAUCGUGAUCUGUGAUCGUGGUGUCAGCCCUCGUGUUCAAAAGGGACAAGUCGUGAAGGACGCCGGCGGUGUCGGUAUGAUACUCGCCAACACCGCCGCCAACGGCGAAGAGCUUGUUGCUGAUGCUCACCUCCUCCCAGCCGUUGCCGUCGGUGAGACCUCCGGGAAAGUCAUUAAACACUACAGCUCCACUACUCCACGCGCCACCGCAACCUUAACUUUCGAAGGAACUAAGGUGGGGAUCCGGCCAUCGCCGGUGGUGGCGGCGUUCUCGUCCAGAGGACCCAACUUGCUUACCUUGGAGAUCUUGAAACCGGACAUCGUGGCUCCCGGUGUGAACAUCCUCGCUGCAUGGAGUGGCCUCGCCAGCCCGUCGAGUUUGUCGACGGAUCACCGGCGGGUGGGGUUCAACAUCCUCUCCGGCACCUCCAUGUCUUGCCCGCACGUCGGAGGCGUUGCAGCGCUCAUCAAAGCUAGCCACCCGGAGUGGAGCCCGGCCGCCAUUAAAUCAGCUCUCAUGACCACUGCUUACGUGCAUGACAACACCUACCGUCCUCUUAAAGACGCGGCCACCGGCGAAGCUUCAUCCCCCUACGAUCAUGGGGCCGGCCAUAUACAUCCGACCAAAGCCAUGGACCCUGGUUUGGUGUUUGAUAUCAGCCCUGAUGACUACUAUGACUUCCUCUGUUCUCAGAAACUAACUCCAUUGCAGCUCAAGGCCUUCACCAAAACCAUGAACAGGACUUGCCGGCGCACUCUGGUUACCGCCGGGGACCUGAAUUAUCCGGCCAUCUCUGUUGUCUUUCCUGAGAAAAAUGCGGCGGAGCUGACGGUUCACCGGACUGUCACCAAUGUAGGACAUGCAGUUUCAACGUACCAUGUGAAAGUGUCACCAUUCAAAGGUGCUGAUGUUGUUGUUCAGCCUGAUACCCUGCAUUUCAGUCACCAGAACCAAAAGAUGACCUUCAAGAUUAUCUUCAAAACUAGGAAACCUCAAAUGGAACCAGAAUUUGGAGGUUUGGUUUGGAGUGAUGGAGUUCAUAAGGUUAGGAGCCCAGUUGUGUUGACAUGGCUGCCACCCAUGUAAACAGUUUUGGCAGAGAUGAAAAAAUAUAUAUAUAUACAUGCCAUCUGGUCAUCGGAGUUUUCAUGUUUAUCAAGUCUCUGUUUCUCUCCAAUCCAUCACAAAUAAACAAUGUUUCUAAUGUGGAUUCA